AUGAUUGCGUGUAUGGAUUGGGCAGUAAUAGUGAGGGUCAGCUCGGACGAGGACACAAUCGCACCGUCUGUGCACCGGAAACAGUGCCGGGAUUACGUCCAUAUUAAAGACAUGUUCAGGCAAAUCAGUUGUGGAUUUAAUCACACCCUUGCGCUCACAUUUAACGGACACGUAUACGGUUGGGGUUUUAAUGCCAGUGGACAGGUAGGUGCUGGUAGGGCGAGGGUUGUAGCGACCCCGACGAGGAUCAGAUUUCCCGGUAAAUACAUCAUUGAGAAAGUGAUUGGUUAUGAGAGCACAUCGUUUGCUAUAACAAGUAAUGGCCGGGUGUUUAUAUGGGGUGCGAUUCGACUAUUCACCCCUUCGUAUACGCCCACCUUAAUUAACCUGGACAACGUGACAUUCAUCAAGGAUAUUUGCUUUAAUCUAUUCAUUGUAUACAUGCUGUCCAUUGACGGUAAUAUAUAUGUAUAUUUUGACGGAGCUUUUCAAAAGAGCGAGGUGAAUCCGUUACAGCUACUAAAUGACCUGGUAUUCGAUGAGAUACGGCAAAUAAAUUCAUAUGAAGGCAAAGAUAGUUCGGAAGCCCGGCCUAUAAUAGCGGGUAUUACGGACGAUACGGUGUACCACUUGUUCCGAUCAAAUAAAUAUGAGAUAAUCGAAACAAAAUGUAAAACAUUUGAUGAGUUCUAUGCGAAUGAGUUACAAAUGACUGUAACCACGAUUGCGGUCAACGGUUGCCAACGAAAUAUACCCGCCGAUACAGCUAAUGGGUACUACAAAAACACAUUUGAUGUUUUAGAUAAACUUGGUCACGGAGGUUACGGAACUGUAUAUAAAGUUCGGGAUAAGCAUACCAGUGAAUUAUAUGCGAUCAAAAUAUCUGAGUUUAAAGUCCUGUAG